AUGUCGCCCUUAACUUCCCUUCUGACUGAGUCCAUCGACUGGUUGAUCCAGGUUAGGUAUGGGAAUGGUGAAGGUGACAAUGGUCUUACCAAGUUGUCUCAAGCUUUGAAAAAGUUGAUUGAGGAGGCUAUUAGUAACGCUACUAACUCCCUUGAAACCGAAAAAUCUAAGCUUUCUUGCCCCUUCAAAUACUCUGAUAAGGAGACUAAUUGUCAGUACUACGAGAAGCAGAUUAGUGAUUCUAAAAAACGUCAAAAACCUGGAGACUCCAAUGAAAAUAACGCUAAAAAUUACAAUGUAGAUUUCCUUGAAAAAUGUCUCGAAGAUUGUAAAAAACAGCACGGCAAAUAUCCUGAGAACCCUGCCAUGAAGGACAUCCAGUCCAAGUUGGAGCAGGUUAAAAAGCUUGAAGAGAGUCUUACUGGAUUGACUGAAAAUGACAAUUGCAAAAAUCUUUUAACAAAUCUUUGCACCGGCCUCGAAAAAUUCCUCGGCUUCAACUCUGAGUCCAAAGGCUACGACGGUACUGGGAUUGUGUACUCUGACCUGGAUAGGCUGUGUGACGGGGUGAUGGCGUUUUUGAGUGGUGUGCUCAGUAACAUCAAAGACCAUUUAGGGCAGCAUAAAGAUACUUUAAAUGAUGCAAUAAGCAUACUUAACACCAAUAAACACGGCGGUAAAAAAGGUUUUAAUGCUGCGAUUGGAAGUGUGGUCGCAGGGGUGGGGAGGUAUAAUGCUAAUGUAAAGUCUUCUAAUGAAGCAGUGAUUGAGCCGCUUAAAAAACUUCUCGACUACACCAAGAAAAAUGGAGGUGAGUUGAUUGCUAGCAUUAAUAAGAUUCAGGUUGACAAACAUGAUCUGGAUCCACAACUGGCCGACGCCGCUAGGUCCUUCGGCGACCGGCUGAAGGAGGCCACAGAGAGGAGCAAGAGGUGCGCGGAAUUUCUGGACCCCAAGGCAAAUAACAACACUAAGAUGAAAAAAAACAUUUAUGACCUUAAUGAUAAGUUGCGUGACAAAGUGUUGCAUGUUCGUAAGCUUGUUGAGUACGAGAGCCAGCGGCUGGCCAGCGUGCACAAGCGGAAAGACGCUGAGUUGAAGGAGACGACGGAGAAGAUUAGGACAAGUUUUCGCAAUCUCAAGAGCUGCAUAAACAAGCAGGUGGGUGACGAUAUAGAUAAGCUUGUUAAGGGUUUGAAAUUGAGGGUGCAGAAAAUUUUAGACAAACUCAAGCAGAUUAGCAGCGACUUGGAAAAAUAUAUCAACGAAUUGGCGCAAUGGAUUACCAAAGUGGAAAGUUUUAUUGGUGUAGAAAUGCAGAAAGACAUGAAUACAAUAAUGGGAGAGAUGGACGAAAAGGAUUCGUAUAAGAAACCGUAUGAAAUCAAUCAGGCAGCCGGCCAUAUCAAUACAGAAGCCGGAGUGCUCCACGGUGCCGGGCAGAAUGCUAUUAACGCUGUGCAGGAGAAAGUGAAGGAGGCGCUUACGCAGGUGAAAGAAAUGGAUAGCGAGCUGAAAAAGGAUUUGUAUAAGGUGAGGGAAGCGAUAGAUGGGCAAUUAGGAAAAAUUAAAGAUGCGAUUGGAUAUCUCUACAAUAAGGUCACUCGAACACCGGGGCCAGUGGAUGAGAAUAAGACUAUUGAGGAAAUCAUGAAACACAUAAAAAAAGAAGUUGAUUUCAUUAAGAAGAUGGUUGGGAGUGAAAUGGAGGCGAAUAAAAAUGAUUCUGGAAGUGUGGACAAUAAUUGGGAUGCGCUUAAAAAGAAGGUUAUGGAUCGCCUUGGUGAGAUAUAUGAUCAGACUGGAGGUGAUGGAAAGUUAAAUCAUCUUGGUAAUAUUGUUAAAGGUGUUACGACGUAUACCGCAUCGUUUGGAGAAGGAGAAAGGGGAUUUAAAAAAAUAAUUGCUGAGUGGUUGGAGGAGAUACUUGGGACGGAACCCGUAAAAGGAUGGAUCGAAAAAUAUGCAGAUGACAAUAAGAGUAAAGGUCAUUUUAAUGGCCAUUUCAAAACCCAGGGCGUUUGGAAAUUGCGUGCCGAAGUUACUAGGAUGAUUAAAGCAAAAAUUAAAGAAUCAAUUGAGACGAUCAGUUACACCGUUAAACCAGGCACCAAGACUACUGUUCACGACAAUUUGUCAGACAUUCGAACGUGCCUCACAGAGUUCUCUAGCGCUGUUGUACGUAUAGAUAAAUCAAUAAUACAAGAAAUUGAGAAUUAUGUCAGACUUGAUAAUAACUUCGUAGCGUGGGCCGAUCAGGGAAGUAUACAUCAGAAAUAUCAUCUCGAUUUUGCAGUUCGUGCCACACUUUCAACUCUCGCGUCUAUUGCCAAGCAACUAUAUGAGCAACUGGAAAAUUUCACCGAUGACGGCAAAAUCACUCUGGGCACUAGACUCAAGGCAGCCAUGACUAGUGCCACCCAAAUCGGAGGAGAGAUUAAAACUGACGGCAAAACUCUAGGUGCCAAAAUUCAAAAAGCGCUCGACAGCGCGAAAAGCACAAUUAAGAAGCUUCAUGAAAAUUUUGACCAGGUGUUCGAAAGCAGCUCGGACGGCGGGCCGGAUUUCGCCCAAGCCGUGGACACCGCGAUCACGGGGGUGACUGAAGAGCUUGGUAAGCAACUACCGACGACUCUUGGUGAAAGUAAAGUUAACAUUCAGACAACCGAUGAAGCUGUUUUCCAACAAUAUAAAAAACAAAUUGACCAAGAAACCCUAGCAACAUACGACCUGAAUCCAGAAAACUUAAAAGGCGCCCUACCACAGAAGAUCACGGACAUCAAAACGCAGGUGCAAAAUGAAUUGUCCGGAAUUGACGGUGCUAAAGAGGCGAUAGUUCACUACGCCGAUGUGAUAACCGAUAGGUUCCAAAAACUGUGCGCGGCAGUCAACAAGGCUUGCGAAAGCCUCAAUUCGCAUCUGCAGUUUUUAAAAAAUACGUAUUUCGAGGAGUCUAAGCGUGAUUACAAGGAUGCCCGAAACAGCAUAAAACGAAUCAAACAUCAGCUCAUCACGCUGAAAGAUGAAAAUCUGAAGAACGCCAUAACAGAGGCCACCUACUUCCUCACCAGCGCCGAUCCAACAGCCCAGGCCACAAUCACGUCAAUCAGAGGCGUAGUAAGCUCCAACGUCGAAGAAGCCCAGAACACUCUCAUCACUCAAGUCAACAAGAACUACGUCACGUCAGUGAAAGAGAUCCUGACAGAGUUCGCCGUCGCGGUUGAGAAUCAGUUGGACAAUCUUCCACACGCCAUUAAUAACGAUCUGACUACGGGUCACAAGGGCUUUAUGAUGAACAUGGAAACUAAAUUUAUCACGACAGUGAAACCAAUGGGAAGCAUUCCGGACGAGCCAUCCUCUGAAGCAGAGUCCCCGCUGAGGAAGGGGACAAAUAUAUUAAAAACCGCAUUCAGGAGCUUCCUCGACGCGUUAAAAACGCAAUCGGGUUUCCCUUCCGACUUCCAAAAAAUUAAGGCUUCGGAUGCGGCUCUGACCAAUCUGCUUACUACACUCGCUGCUUCACGACACUUCGAUGACAAAUUCAGUACCAAUCUUGACGCCCUUGAUAAUGCAGUCACUGCCUUCAAGCCCUCUACCUACGGCGCAGCCAAGUGCCCCUUGCUCCUCAAUGCCCUGAAGAAGGGCAUGUCAUCCCUAAUCGAGGAACUUCAAAAAUCGUACAUAUCAACAUACUCGCAGAUGACUAUUGAUUGGCAAACCGCCACAGCUGAGGAGCAAGACAAGUACGCGAAAAUAUGCUGCACCAUUGCGCCCAUCUUAUUAACCAGGCUAAAGGAGCUCAAAACAGAGCUUGAGAAGAAAGACCAAAAAUGGAAAGAUUAUAACAUGUAUAAUUCCGCGCGGCCGACCAAGAGCCUUUGUCAUUUAUUCUUCCGAGAUAACGGGUAUGAUGUCGGCGGUUCCCCUGAGAGCCCACAUGGCGAGCUGAAUCAUAGGGACGACUGCAAGGGUGGCCGUAUUCUCAGUCAUCUCACGGUCGGUGAACAUAGGUUGUUCGUUGCUAACCAGCCAUCCGACGACUUAUCCACCGUAGUUGGCAAAGAUGGAUUUACAGUGGAAGUCGUCGACAACAGCGGCUUGAUGGACAAUCUUAAUUCGUAUCUACAAUUGUACUUCGAGACGUGCCACCUCACGAUUAGGCCUAAGCCACGGCAUCCAUGCAGCGUUUACGAGAUGUCAAUCUGGUUGUGCGGUCUUCAAUUUAAUCCAGUUUUCCAGCCACUCUUGGAUCACAUUAGAACGCUAUUCCUUGUACCCGAGAAGAACGACCCGUCGAUUAAAAACGUAAAACCGAUUGAAGCGUCGCCUUCGGAUAUUACUGAUGCUGAGACGGUGGACGCAGUAGAACGUGUUUGCUCCGACGCAUAUGCUGUCAUCAUUACCAUCCUCGGACACGGCCACGGUGAAGGUGUAUACGCCUGCGACUACUCUUCAAACGCGUUCAAUUUAUACUACCCGUCCGUUCCAUCGCAAUGUCUAGAUAUGCUUGCUGACAUAUUAUACCGUAUUCAGUCCCAGCUGUAUUUCUUGUUCGUUCAGUGCUCACGCACUUACAGAGCCGUCUCAUGGCGCGACUGCUGGUACGGGCAGGGCGUAGGCGGAUCCGGUUGGAAUUGUAACACCAAGCAGUGCCCUAACCAAAACUGUCCCCAACUGGCUGACCAAAACGCUGGCCAACAUACUGAGUGCGGCCUUAAGUCACCGCUUCAAUCCUUCUUAGAGGAUGGCCUUCCCGGGUUCAUGCCGCACCCACUCACGAAGGUUGGCUGUGGCGUACAGUGUUCCGUGAACCAUCAUAAAGGUAUUCCCUGUAAGACGCCGAUGGGAUUCGCAGGCAUUAGCACCGUGGCCUCAGUCAGUCACACGGGCGCUUAUCUCGAGGAGGUGCUUAGCGAUUUCUGUGGCCACCCGGAUAGUCCACUUAAUAAGCUUUGUGGCUACUUCACGUGUAUGUUUCCUAGGCCGCCUCAAGCACUUGGUGAUAUGUUUGCAUUCUAUUACAACUUCCUUGAUGGGUGGUAUGAUGACAAGGGCAUGGAAGGUCAGAAGCACAGGAAGAACGCAUUUGAUGAGGCUGUCAAUAAGGCCUACUUCGAGCAGCCUUACGAGGAACUGAACGUCUAUUCGAUAUUCGCGGAUAGUGCCACGCGGAUGCAUGAUAAGGGUUAUUUAUCGUGUAUCGUCGGUUGCGCUAAUGGAUCGGCGAUGACUUGCGGUAGAUAUAUCAAACCCGUUAGCCACUUCAUGUGGGUUGUAUUUUCCGCCAAAAAUGCAGCGCUAUAUUUGUCAUGGAUCGUUUACCUCACUGAAACGUUCUACGACUUAUUAAAGAAAUUGUAUGACGAUUGUUGCAACAACUGCAAUAAACCGGGAACCAGAUGUCAUGGUAAAGUAUGCGCUGCAGCGUGUGAAGUGAAGGCGACGUACACAUCAGAUGAUGCGUCUAAAGCACUAACCGGUAAACAGCACGUUGAUAACUGCAAAUCUAUCGCUAGAUGUCCUUUCGCUCGACCGACAUUGUACACGCACGGAUUCACAUUGAGAAGCAUGUCUAACAUGAGCGGCAUCAACGGUAAUCAAACGAAACGUACUUGCCAAGAUCUAUGUGAAACAUUGAAAAAGCUUCUAGAUGCAGACAAUGUCCUUUUCACACUUGUGUACAAAACUAUCCCCGAAUUUUUCUUCAAAAUUCGGGAACCCUUCAUCUGGCUCAAUGUCGCACUUUGGUCCGCCUCAUUCCUCUAUCUCGUCUAUGUGAUGGUUGGCAGACUGGAUCUACUGCACAUCAAAUCACACUUACGAUCACCGUCAUCGCACAGGAUAACGGCGCAGUCAUUGUUGGCUGCAGCGCAAGUCGGAAGGCUUGCCAAGAUAUCGUAUCUACAGCCUUAA